AUGUUUACCCCUCUUGAAGAACGAACCAGAAUAUGCAACAUAGAGGCAGAUUACACCCCUCAUGACGCCAUCGACUCUCAGAAGCAGGAGAAGGGCGUCUCCGCCUUCUGCGGCUUCUUGAGAGGAAAAGGCGGUUAUCUGGAGCCGAGAGGUAUGUCCCAGCGUGUGGAGUUUCAAGACGAAAAGGGAGUGCGUCACCACUACAAGGUUGAGUGGGCGGCAGGGUGCCAGACGGAUGUUAAGAGCCAAUCGAUCCGACGGCCCUUGAGGCCUAUCAGUGCGUCGCCCAUUUGCGAUGACUUGAUGAGGGAUAAUUAUUUGAAGUGUAAUAAUGGUGGUGUCGGUGGUAAGGUGCAGGUCGGUUGCCUUGUCUACACCUACAAUGGAGGCAUCAGGGCGGGGAAAUACUACGAAUGGUGA